CUCUCCCUGCCUGAGCAGGUGCAGGGAUGGGCCCCGCUAUGGAGCGGAGGCAGCGAGGAUGCUGCGGAGCCUCAGCCUGGGGGUGCCGUCGCCUGCUGCCCUUUCUCAGCGCCCUGCUCUGCGCUUGUGGAGACACUAGCGUCGGUCCGGUAGGGACGGGGAGCAGCGAGUUGCCAGCUAUGAGUUGGUUAAAAACCUACGGUUAUCUGCUUCCAUCUGAUACAAGAAUGUCUGCUCUGCUCUCAGGAAAAGUUAUGCAGUCUGCAGUCACCACUAUGCAGCAGUUUUAUGGCAUCCCUGUAACAGGAGUGUUGGAUCACACCACUAUUGAGUGGAUGAAGAAACCUCGCUGUGGUGUUCCUGAUCAUCCCCAUCUAAGCCAUAGACGAAGGAUUAAGCGAUAUGCACUUACUGGACAAAAAUGGAGGCAGAAGCAUAUUACCUACAGUGUGCACAACUACACCCCCAAGGUUGGAGAACUUGAUACAAGGAAAGCCAUCCGACAAGCAUUUGAUGUUUGGCAGAGAGUGACUCCACUUACCUUUGAAGAAGUUCCUUACCAUGAAAUAAAAAGUGACAGAAAAGAGGCAGAUAUCAUGAUAUUUUUUGCUUCUGGUUUCCAUGGAGAUAGCUCUCCUUUUGAUGGGGAGGGUGGAUUUCUAGCUCAUGCUUAUUUUCCUGGACCAGGAAUAGGAGGUGAUACUCAUUUUGACUCAGAUGAGCCAUGGACACUGGGAAAUUCUAACCAUGAUGGAAAUGAUCUUUUUCUGGUUGCAGUACAUGAAUUGGGUCAUGCAUUAGGCCUUGAGCAUUCCAAUGACCCUAGUGCUAUUAUGGCUCCUUUUUAUCAGUACAUGGAGACACACAACUUUAAGUUACCCCAAGAUGACCUUCAAGGAAUUCAGAAGAUCUAUGGUCCCCCUGCUGAGCCGCUGGAACCCACCAGACCUUUACCAACCCUUCCUGUCCGCAGAAUCCAUUCGACUUCAGAAAGAAAACAUGACAGACAUUCACGGCCUCCUAGGCCUCCUUUAGGGGACAGGCCUUCUGCUCCAGGCAGCAAACCCAACAUAUGUGAUGGAAAUUUCAAUACUGUGGCUCUGUUCCGAGGAGAAAUGUUUGUUUUCAAGGACCGCUGGUUUUGGCGCCUUCGUAACAGUCGAGUACAAGAGGGUUAUCCCAUGCAAAUUGAGCAGUUCUGGAAAGGGCUCCCAGCAAAAAUUGAUGCUGCCUAUGAAAGAUCUGAUGGAAAAUUUGUUUUCUUUAAAGGAGAUAAGUAUUGGGUUUUUAAGGAAGUGACAGCAGAACCAGGAUAUCCGCAUAGCCUAGUGGAGUUGGGCAGCUGUCUUCCCCGGGAAGGGAUUGACACAGCUUUACGGUGGGAACCUGUAGGCAAAACAUACUUCUUCAAAGGAGAUAAAUACUGGAGGUAUAAUGAAGACAAGAGAGCAACAGAUCCAGGCUACCCCAAGCCAAUCACUGUAUGGAAAGGGAUUCCACAAGCUCCACAAGGGGCUUUUGUCAGCAAAGAAGGCUUUUAUACUUACUUUUAUAAGGGUAAGGAAUACUGGAAGUUUGAUAACCAGAGGCUGACUGUGGAGCCAGGGUAUCCUAGGUCGAUUCUCAAAGACUGGAUGGGUUGCAACCAGAAGGAAGUUGAACGAAGCAAAGACCGACGCCUGUCUCAUGAUGAUGUUGAUAUUAUGGUAACUAUAAACGAUGUGCCUAGUACCGUUAACGCAAUUGCAGUUGUGAUCCCCUGCAUUUUAUCUCUGUGUAUCCUUGUCUUGGUAUACACAAUCUUCCAGUUCAAAAAUAAAGAGGUCCAGCAAAGCGUGACAUACUACAGAAGACCUGUCCAGGAAUGGGUAUGACAAGUUCAGUAGCUCAUUUGGUUCAUGAGAUGAUGAUGAUGGGCUGCAGACAUUAGAAGGCGGUUUGAUGGAUAGCCUGCCAAACAACUUCUUCAAGAGAUGUGAGUCAGAGAAUUCUGGGACUGAAAACAAAAACAAAAAUCAACUAAACCCAGGUGGCCUUGCACUGUAGAGCCGCUUUCCUUCUGACUGCCUCAGUGCCGUGUGUCUCAGUAUGACAUAUUUGACCAACCCACUCAGUGAGUGUUGGGAGACCUCAAGAGAAGUUUGCUUCAACCUUUUUUCAAUUCACUUGAGCAAUCUUCUUCAGUGCCCUCUUUUAAACCCAGCAUUUGCCAGUGUAGCCAACCACCUAUUGAGUCUUUUUUUCUACACUUGCCUCAUAAAAAGAGACAGUUCUGUGGGUCACAAAAGGAACAUUUCAGUACCUUCUGAAGAGGACAUUCUGAGGCUUAGUCAUUCUGAAAGAUUUUAAUUUAUUACAGGAUCCAGGCAAUUACCUGAAUACCAUUUUUUUUCCAAUACCUGCUGGUCAGAUGUUUUGUACAUUCAUGGUAAUGUUUCCACUCUUCAGCAACAAACACAAGAGCUCUUAAGAGGUAAUUUUGUGUAGACCACAACUUCCAACAGCUCUAAUGUCAUUUCAGAUCACCAAAACUAACAGAAAUGAAAUUUCUGAAUUCAACUAGUCUGCAAGACUAAAAAAUUGAAUUUACAAACACUAAUGAUGUGAAUGCAGACCUUAAUGAUCUUGUUUUUAAUAACGUGUCAUGUAAUAAAUAUUUAAAUGUCAUAUUACCACUAUUUUAAGUUGGCAACAAUAAAUUGUUACCAUUAUAAGAUGAAAUGUAUGUUCCAUGAUAUUUUCACCCAUUUAUAUAAGAGAAAAUAAAUCACAUAUGCAUUAGAAUAGUAAAAUUUGUGGGCAAGUUUGCAAUGGGAAUUUGGUUUGCAAUGAUGGAAAGGGUGACAUAAAUCAAGAAAGAUAUUUUAAAGCUUGUAAUUUUAAAAUUUGACAGUGUAAUUAAGUCACUGUUUAUUGACAUUAGUAUAUUUAAAUAGAAGGAAAAUUAGGAGUGCAAAACAUGACUAAGGGGGAGAUAAAGCCCUUCAGAAGAUUAGAACUGGAUAGAGCCCUGCCUGUCAAUAUUCUUGGCUUCACCUGCAGCCUGCCUUCCCUAGUUCCCGUUAGGUGUUGCAGCCCAGAAUGGGACAAUUUGCCAUGGCCAACUUCCGCUGACAACUUGCCAUGGCCAACUCGCCACGGGACAACUCGCUGUGGGACAAUUUAACCAUUCAAUCUAAAAUAAUUAAAAAAUAUUUUAUUUUUUGCCAUUCACAUUUCAUUUUGCCCCUCCUUUUGCAUCCUUUCUUUAAUGAUUCUAUUCUACCAUUUCUUCGAUAUUAGUGUACCUCUUGUCCUGCAGCGAGUUGCCAAUGGUGUUUUCUCAUGGAGAGUUGGCUGUGGCAAGUUGGCCAUGGCUAGUUGUCCUAGACCUGUGAUGGCAAACCUAUGGCACAUGUGCCACAGGUGGCACACGGAACCCUAUCUGUGGGCACACGAGUUGUUGACCUAGGUCAGCUCCAGCACGCAUGCGUGUGCUGGCCAGAUGAUUUUAGGCUGGCCUCACCCACGCCGCCCCUCCCCUCCCAAGAGUCUCCACAUGGCCUGUUUUGGAUGCCAGGUAAGUACAGGGCUCGCGUGGAGGCUCUGUGAGGGCAAAAAACAGGCCUCCCCAAAGUCCAGAAAUGGGCCGUUUCCAGCCUCCGGAGGGCUGGGGGAGGCCGUUUUCACCCUCCCCAGGCUCCAGGAAAGCCUCUGGAGCCUGGGAGGGGGGGCGAAAAAUGGGCCUACCGGAAGUCCAGAAACGGCCCGUUUCUGGCCUCUGCUAGGGAGUCUGCUAGGCCCAAAACAGGGCACCCGCAGGGGCGGGGGGGUGUUGCGCGUGCAUGCACUGUGUGUGGGGGGGGGGGGCAUUGCAUUGUAGGUGUGGGCAUGUGCAAGACGCGUUUUCGGUACCCAAGGAAAAAAAGGUUAGCCAUCACUGUCCUAGACCCAUUGCAGCCAAUGUCCAAAGAUUCAAACACAGCUUGAAGGAAGUAAGAAAAGGAAGGUGCUGAAGUCAAUGGAAUUAAAUUUACGAUUUUUGUUUUAUAUGGCAUUUUAUUCAAUGUCUGUAAAUUGCCCUCAUCUUUGGUGAAAUGGGUGGCAUACAAAUUUGACAGAUAAAUAAAUGGAUAGGCCACCGCAUAAAUGGAAGAGUGGGAAAGAGAAGCAGGCAUACCAGCCUUGCCCUAUUCAGUCUCCCAGUAGGCCUUCUCUGGAAUUUGUCUCAGCCAAAAUCCUUAAACCUCUAAAAUUGCAGACACUCAGGCAAAUUAGAAAAAAAUUAUAAGUCAGUUUCAUAUUCAAUACAAAAUAUUUUGUUUUGGAUAGUGCUUAAAGAAGGCAAUCCUAAACAUCGGUAUGUUACAUCCAAUUCGUGAAAAGGUAAUGGACAAAAGGUAAUGUUUUUGUCAUGUUCUCAUCCUAAAAACCCUGCCUCUUCCAAAGGAAUGCUGAAUGGACUAUGUUAUGGGAUUAUGGGAAUCUCCCCAAGUGGCAUAACAAUUUAUGUGACCAAGUUCUCACACAUGGAAGGUAGUAUGGUCCUCUCCUCAAAAAUCUUUCUUACUCUUGUCAGAAAAGUUGAACUAGAUGGUGGCUACACAAUGCCAAUUCUAUCAAGACAAUAGGAAUAUACAAUCCCUUAGCAGAAUGAAGGCUGUUCCCAGAUUUUGUGAUUUUUACGGAGAUCUACUGAAAUUAAAGUGGCAAGUUUUUAAUGAAUGCAAAUAUAUUGCUUUCAAUCUUUCUACUAGGCAAUAACUAAAUAAAGAAUGAAAAGGUACAGCUUUUCCAAAUUUUCACUGAUUCUAUUCUAUAAAUCCACUCCAAGCUGUCUUUUUUCAGCUGGGCUGAAAUAUUAAGGCUCAGCUGGGAGAAAAUGAUUGAAAAUUAUUCAAGAGAAAAGUUAAAGAAAACAGAUAUGGUAAAGAUUAAAGACCCAUAAGUAUUACAGAAAAAAAAAAAAAAACCUAGAAUGGAUAGUUUGUUUUUGAAAUUGUUAAUUCUGUCUCAACCCCAACAUUGGAAUUAGUAAAAAUUAUACUAAUUUAUAUAUAUGUUAUAACUGAGAACAUACCAAAUAGUUUAGCUUUAAGAAAGAUUGUAAAGCAUUUCUUUAACAAUGCAGAUUAAAAGGCAAUGGUUUUUAGGGGAAGCAUGUUGAUGUAGCCUUGUGGAUACCUUUUUUGUGCAUUCAACAUGAAAUGCAGUACAGAAUGUACGUGAUAGUAAUGUGCUAUUAUUAUGUACCAAAUUGGUAUGAGCACACCAUCAUUUCAAGCACGAUAUGAAAGAAACAUGGGUUAAUAGCACAUGCAUUUUCAGUCCUAAUGGUCAAGGUCUUCAGCCAUUUCAUUUCAAAGACAUUUUAAAGAUUUGGGCAGAGUAAUACCCACUUAUGUUGCAAAUGUUAAUCUUGGUUUUAGGCUCAUUUGUUUAUAAGAUUUUACUGUACCCGAAUGCUAUUAAGCAAUCUUUCAGUAUAUUUCUAGACCUGUAUGAAUUGAUCUAAAUAUAGCUCAUACUUUGAAAUUAAUCCAGUUGAGACUUAGAAAAUGACCAUAGCAACUUUUUCAUAGAAAAUUUAAGAACCAGCUUAACGGUUUUUCUUUAGACAAUUUAUAAAGUAGGUAUGAUUGAAUUUGAUCACUGAGAAGCCAAAGAUUUCAAAGUCCACCAUAUUCAAAACUAGUAAGGUCACUAGAACCGUAUUUCUGUUUUCUUUUUCAGCUUUUUUUUUUGAAAAAAAUCCAAUCGGGUUUAAUGCCAAGUUAUUAAACUACAGUGUUGGUUAAUAGAAAUGUAUGCUGAUUUGAUAUUGCUUGGGGAUCAAGUUUGUACAUCCUCUCUUUGAUAUUGGGUUUAGUAUAAUUGGCUAGGAUAGUGUUGAGGGGUCAUAUCUCCCACCUUCAGAAUACAGGUGUAUUGAGAAUUGCUGCUGCAAUUUAUAGAAAUGGAGUUCAUCUCAAGCCUUACAUCAAAUAAAAUACUUUAUGUACUA